GGCGAGAAUCAAUGUCGUCAUAAGUGGGCGCGGUGGAGCGUUGACCAAUAGGAGUCGGCGACUGACGAUACCUUCAAACGCUCUCAUGAAUAUUGUAAAUAACCACAAGUCGAAUGUAGUCAGUGAGGAAUACAGUGAAUACACUGCGAUGAACUCUCAGAUGAGAUGCGACAUUUGGGAGGAGAAAUGCUGAAGCUAACCUGAAAGCAGUAAAAAUGGUUUAUCUCACCCUGCUUAACUAUCGAUUAACGUACAGUCCUGAAUAUGUGUACUCACUUCACUGUGAUUCACUGGGAAGAAGUAGCAAUGUAAUGAUUUAAAUAACAAAAACAAAAGUAUUCUAUUACAGGGCUAUGCCCAAAAACAUUCCAACUAGUAUUUGAAAGAAUCAUAUUUAAAACUCUAAAAUCGAAAAUUACGAUUUUUUUCAGGGUGUCCAUGAACACAGCAUGAAAAUUGCUUUUCUCCGAUUUUGUUUUGAUUGCGGUGCAUCUGUGUGUGUGUGAAUGUGUGCUCAAGUUACCUCUCCUCGUCUCUCCGUGGGGUUUCUGUCCCCUCUUUGCUGCCAAGCUGGAUUUCCUGCAGGUGAAACAUCGGAAGAGGACGAGGAAGAGCAACUACAGUGUGAGGGAAACCCAGAUCCUCAUCAAGGAGAUCCACAAGAGGAGGGAUGUGUUGUUCUCCAGGCAGCAGAAGCGGUAUCUUCAUAUAAUGAAGAAUCAAACUACACACCACAAAACAACAUGAACACGGCCAUUAAUGAGCUGAAGAGACAGGCAUGGGAGGAAGUGGCACAAGGGGUCAAUUCACUUGGGGAGGGCGAGUUGCGAACUGCUGCCGAGGUGAAGCGACGUUACUUGGAUUGCCGCGCACUGAUGAAGAGGAAGCAGCUUCAGGCCGAGCUCUCCCUCUCGUCCUCCACCUCGUCUUUGGCCUUGAAGACGGAGUACGACCAGUCGUCCCCUGAGCAUGAGGUGGCCUCUCUGGGAGCGGGGUGCGACCAGCUGCUGGACCUCUCCGGCUUCCCAAAGGACUGUCACUGCGACUGGCCGGAGCUGGUGGGUCUCAGCGAGCCGAGCGGUCACGCCACGAUGGCACAACCGGACAUGAAGAUGGAGGACGAUGUCAGCGAAUACAGACUGGAUGGCGAUGGUGAUGUGGGAGACGGAGAUGGAGAAAUAGAUGACGACGAUAUUCCCUCCCUCCUCAGCGACAUCGAGUCACGUGGCGAGGGGCAUGUCGGCGACGCUUACUCCCACAACAACCUCGGCACGAUGGGCUCCUGCAAGGCCCCGACCUCCACCACCAGCAGAGACCUGCGGCUGGCUACUGGCCUGAUGGGAAUGCCACCUCAUGCUCUGGGAGGACUCCACAAUCAAGAAAACGUGGGUGCCGGGUUUCUGGCUGCUGUUGAGAAACAGCGACUGGAGGUGGAGAAACAACGCCUGGCUGUGGAGACAGAACGCCUGGGGGUUGAGAAAGAGCGGCUGGCGGUGGAGAAGGAGCGACUUUGUCAGAUAGAGGUGGAGCGGGAACGAAUGCAGCUCGAUAGAGAGAGGCUACAGGUGGAGAGGGAGAGGCUAAGGGUUUUGCUCCUCAGCCAAUCGGAGACCGCGGACUCAUCCUUAAACCUUCCGCCACAGCAAGGCCCGCCCUCUUCCUCCACGCCUUCCUUAUCCAGCACUCAUGACGGACAGAGGGAGAGAGAGAGGGGCGGUAAAGGAUGGACCACAGCGACGGAUCUGGAGACGGAGAAGCUGAAACUGGAGAGGGAGAGACUGCAGCUGGAGAAGGAGAGACUGCAGUUCUUUAAAUUUGAGGCCGGCAGACUGCAGAUAGAGAGAGAACGCCUCCAGGUGGAGAAAGAGAGGAUGCAGCUGCAGAAAGAUCAUCAGAGUCGCAGAGGAACAGACUGAUAAGAGGGUGAAAGUGAUGCAUGAAUUAGAUUCCCAUCAGCUUCUCUGGGGUAUUUUUAAUUCUGAAAGGAAAUAAACAUUUGCAUCAGCAACUGCUCCUUAAUCCACCCGUCUUUCAAACACACACACACGCACACACAGUUAAAGAAGGUGUGAGCCACUUUCAUAAUUCGGCCAAGGAGAAGACAAGACGAGACAUGGAGGGCUGGUAAAUUUACGACCAUCACGAUGAAACAGUGCCUUACAAUGUCUUCAUUAAAUGGGUGAUGGGACAGAACAGAUGCCACGAUGAAAAAAAUCUCUAGGAUUUGUUUGGCAGCUGAACAUAUAACAGAUGUUCAGUGUCCCGUCCAAAUGUGCAAAAUGUGCAGUGCUGGGAUAUCAGUCAUUACUAAUGUGGAAAUGUUUUUGAAAUGGUAUAUAUGGAAGCAAGGGAUCAUGAAGUCUUUCUGCAUUUAUGCAUCAAAUUUGAUGCCAAUUAAUCUACUGCACAGGUGCAAUUUAGCUUCCAGCACGGAACUCGAAACACAUCUGUUACUUGUACAGAGAGGUUUUAAUGUCAAGUUCUUGUGUUCAAAUAUAUUUUACAUGGAAAUAGUUGUGACUUUGUACGUGUCCACCACUUUCUAACUGACAUUUCACCUUUCCUAUUUUUAAAAGAAUUGUUUGCCUUGUCAUUACAAGAAAACAACAAGUGCGUUACUAAUAGCAUUAACACUGACUCAGUUAAAUCGAAGUUUCCAAGCGAGCGACGACUGUGUGACCGUGAGAACUACUUGAAACUAAUUUUCCUAUUCACGCCGGUGCUUAUCCUACUGUGACACGUGUUGAAAUCUCCUCUGUGAAAAAAACUCUGAUUAAAGCUUUGAUGCUUUUGACAUGGGACUUGGAAAAGAGCGUGAAGAUCUGUGAUGAGCAGCUACUGGAUGUUUGGUUUGCAUGAUGGGAAAUCAAAGCAGAAUAUUAUUUUAUGGCUGUGUUUUCCUUUGCUUAUGUUUCAAGUUGUGUUCACCUGUAAACGUAAUGUGCUGUCACUGGCUACUGUCCUUUGGUUUUGUUGUAACAAUCAAUAACUCCUUUUUUACAUUUACACCAGUUUGUCUCAUGACCGGACCACCAGUCAAAUUUUGUAAAAAAAACUUUUAUACGAUUCCAUCCCUGAUAUGCAUGCGCACAUGUAUUUAUACAUCUUUUGUCUUACUGUCCCUGUGGCCCUUUGUUAAUGAGUGCAUAAGUAAUCAUUGUCCAGUGAAAUAAAUGUGACUCCUAGAGAAAAUUUGUGAUGAUCAGAGUUGAAAACAAUCUGCCUUUAACAUAAAGUACUGCCUCUGACAACCAA